ACCCUCAAUAGAUCUAAACAAGCACCACCACCACUACUAACUACUACAACAACUUAUCCGAUUAGUAACUUUACUCCAUUUCCCCAAUCGAGAUAAUGGCACCAAGAGCCGAGAAGAAGCCAGCAGAGAAGAAGCCCGCCGCAGCGGAAGAGAACAAGGCCGCCGAGAAAGCUCCAGCAGAGAAGAAACCAAAGGCCGGAAAGAAACUCCCACCGACGAAGGAAGCCGGCGACAAGAAGAAGAAGAGAUCGAAGAAGAACAUCGAAACCUACAAGAUCUACAUCUUCAAGGUGCUGAAGCAGGUUCACCCAGAUAUCGGGAUCUCGAGCAAAGCCAUGGGGAUCAUGAACAGUUUCAUCAACGAUAUCUUCGAGAAGCUUGCUCAGGAGUCUUCCAAGCUCGCAAGGUACAACAAGAAGCCGACGAUUACUUCUCGCGAGAUCCAGACUGCUGUCAGACUUGUUCUUCCCGGUGAACUCGCUAAACACGCUGUCUCUGAAGGUACAAAGGCCGUGACCAAGUUUACCAGCUCUUGAAGGAAAUUGAAAUUUGGUCUAGGGUUUCUUUUUAGGGAUUUCGAUUUGCUAUUGUAGUAGGGAAUGAAUUAGAUGCUUUGGUCGCUUUAAAGUUCGUAUCUUGUUUAUGUAACUAGGAUGAUGAUAUGGUUGUUCCUCUUUUUAAUUCACUGCUUUUAUGAUAUAUUGUAAUGUUUUUUCAUUUCGAUUUACUAAUUGAGAGGAUGAAUUUGCAAUUUCUUAUUAUGAAAUA